GACUUUUUCUGCUUGCAUGCUUGCCUAAAUACCUAAGUGGGCCAUUCCUGCAAGUAAUGGAAGUCUCGUGUGCAUCAUGAUAUUUUGUGCACCCCUUGUGAUGCGAGGCACUCAUGCAUGUAUAAAUCUAAUACUGGUGUGACAGUGUGGGUUUGUAUUCAGCAGCCUGUGCAGAAGUUAGUCCUGCGCUGAGAGGCAGACAGGAUUACAGCAUUUAAACCAGACCACUUUUUUUUUUUUUCUGUCAGGGACUCUAAAAAUCUGGCAGUAGCAGUUGUUCAUAGAGGAACAGGUGGCCGUCAACGUGACUAAGAGCCCGUGAAUCAAGGCCAACAGUUGCCCCCACAGUGUGCGCCACUCCGUAGUUCUGCGAACACAGGGAGAAGAGGUUAUCCGUCUCGCGCGCAAAAGGUAGAGCCUCCCCACCGCUUUCGUUUCUGAAAGCCCCCUCCACCACCCCCGCGAGCCCCGCGCCAUCACAUGGGUGUUACUUCAUCCUGCCCCGGACGCGGGUUCGGCGCUGCUUUGCGGGCUUCAAUAAACGGUGUUAUAUUUGGGUUCGGCGCUAAAGGAAAUAUGACGCGCGAGGAGAGAGCGCUGCUGUCCACGCGGCCGAGGAGCCAGCGCGCGCCAUGCGAGGAGCGGGUGGCGCGGAAGAGUCUGUUGGCAGUGGCGAGCAGGUGCUGUCGACAGGACGUAUUGACAUGCAUUCCCCCUGAACCCGCCGACCCCUCUGUCAGUGGCGUGGCGGCAGGAUGCCGGUGCAGGCGGCCCAGUGGACAGAGUUCCUGUCCUGUCCCAUCUGCUAUAAUGAGUUUGACAGCAGCGGUCACCAGCCCAUCAGUCUGGGAUGCUCCCACACGGUGUGUAAGACCUGCCUCCACAAAUUGCACCGCAAGGCUUGCCCCUUCGAUCAAACACCAAUCAGCACCGACAUCGACCUCCUGCCAGUCAACUGCGCCCUGCUCCAGCUGGUUGGAGCACAGGUCCCAGACGGGCAGCCCGUGAGCCUGAGCAGCGCUGCAGAGGUUGAACACUACGAGGUCUGCAGGGUAUGCGUAGAAGAGCUGGCUCUCUACCUGAAACCGAUCAGCGGGGCAAAAGGUGUGGCGACCUUGAGUCCCAGUGUGCUCAGUCGGCCCAUGCAGAGGAAGCUGGUGACCUUAGUAAACUGCCAGCUGGUGGAGGAGGAAGGCCGCGUGCGGGCGGUGCGCGCGGGGCGGUCUCUCGGAGAGCGGACGGUGACGGAGCUCAUUCUGCAGCACCAGAAUCCCCAGCAACUCUCCGCCAACCUCUGGGCAGCGGUGAGGGCUCGCGGCUGCCAGUUCCUGGGACCUGCUAUGCAAGAAGAUGCACUCAAGCUGGUUUUGCUGGCUCUGGAGGAUGGUUCAGCCCUGUCCAGGAAAGUCUUGGUGUUGUUUGUAGUCCAGAAGCUCGAGGCCCGCUUCCCGCAGGCCUCCAAAACCAGCAUCGGCCACGUGGUGCAGCUGCUCUACAGGGCGUCCUGCUUCAAGGUGACAAAGCGGGACGAGGACUCGUCGCUGAUGCAGCUGAAGGAGGAGUUUCGCACAUACGAGGCCCUGAGGAGGGAGCACGACGCUCAGAUCGUCCAUAUCGCCAUGGAGGCGGGCCUGCGGAUCUCACCCGAGCAGUGGUCCUCCCUGCUGUACGGAGACCUGGUCCACAAGUCACAUAUGCAGUCCAUCAUUGACAAGUUGCAGUCUCCAGAGUCCUUCGCAAAGAGCGUUCAGGAGCUGACCAUUGUUCUGCAGAGGACAGGAGACCCUGCCAACCUCACAAGCCUUAGACCACACCUCGAGCUGCUGGCCAACAUAGACCACAAUCCAGAUGUUCCUACACCAUCCUGGGAGGAGCUGGAGAGCGUGAUGCUUGCCGUUAAGCUGGUGGUUCACGGACUGGUGGAGUUCAUACAGAACUUCAGUAAGAAGAAUCACGACACCCCACAGCCUCAGGCCAACAGCAAGUACAAGACCAGCAUGUGCCGAGAUCUCCGUCAGCAGGGAGGCUGUCCACGAGGAACCAACUGUACAUUUGCACACACACAGGACGAGUUGGAGAAGUUUAGACUGAGGAACAAGAAGAGCAGCAGCGCAGGGCGUACAUUCCCCUUAGCCCCCGGCGUUAUGAAUAAAACCUUCAACAUGGAGGGCAGCAUCCAUACCGACGCGUCGGGUCCGGUUCCCAAAGGGACAGGGGAGAGCACGGCCUCCAUGAAAGACGGAGUUCCUGGCCUGACUCACCCCCAGCUCAUCUCCAGAGGGGCCGACAUGCUGGAGGACAUGAAGAGGGCCGUGCCAAAUGGAAACAGCGGGGUGAACGGCUCCAACGGGCUGUCGGGAUGUAACAGAACCACCGCGGGGUCAACAGAGCAGAAGGCCAUCUCUCCUCCCAGGACUCCAGUGAGCCACUCGGCGGCGGCGUCUCCGCUGACCGCAGUCGGGCGAGCAGAUGGCGGUGCCUCCAUACCCAAACAUGGUCAGUUCAUUCUGCGGGCGCCACAUCCUUCUCAGGCAUCAGAGCUGUACUACCAGGAGCCGCACUCUCCGUAUGACGCAGCCCACUAUCAACCAACCUCAGGUUCCUUUUACCCAUCCACCCUUCACCCUCCCCACAAACCUUGUAUGGCUCGCUUCCUCCGAUCCUCCAACGUCCCAGAAUCCUCCCUGCCGCCUUCCCUUGGCCCCCCGCCAUCUUCUUACCCGAAUGACCCCCAAGCACCACAUCCCCCCUCCUCCUCCUCUUCCUCCGGGUAUCCGCCGCACCCGCCCAGAGAUCGGAUGGGGCCUCCCGCCUUCCACCCCCACCCGGGGCAGCCGCAGUACGGGCCCUUAGCCCCCGCUCACGGUGUUUACGCCCCCCUCUACGACAGCAGGAGAGUCUGGAGGCCUCAGCUGUACCACAGAGAGGAUGCCAGGAGUAACUCACUGCCUCCGGAAGUGCUGCAUUCUUCUGUUUACCAGCCUCCACUCAGGGAGAGAUUCAACUCGCUUGACAGUAACUACUGCUCUGGAGCCGAGCACCGUGCGGGGCUACACAGGGAGUAUGGACGUGUUCCUCUGGGCUACGAGGAUCUGUUCAGGAGGAAGCAGGAGCAGUGGGCUCAUCACCACCACCAUCACAACACCAACAGGCCCUCCCAGUCUUCCUCCAUAUUCACCAUCGACUUUGGAACGGAGCAUGUGGAAAGCGGUGGAAGUCAGUGUGUGGGAUGCAGGUUCAGAGGGGAGGACAGUUUUGCACACUACUCUCCGUGGUCCUGUGGAACCAUCGGUCCCUGCCUCAGCCCUUUCGAGCCUGAAACACUCACACACACCUCGGCUCACUCCUGCUCCGAGCAUUCGGAAUUGGACAGUAAUGAAGGUGGGGGUGAUGGUGUUAGCGGCGGUGGCGUUGGGAAGCGAUGGCUACAUUCGUUGGAUCACUACCGACGAAUGAAAGAUGAGGAUCCCAUCAUUCCCUUCAGCGAGGGGCCCAUUAUCUCCAAGUGGGGGGCCAUCUCCCGGGCAUCUCGCACAGGCUACCACACCACCGACCCUGUUCAAGCCACAGCCUGCCAGGGCAGGGCCAGCACCACGCCCAUAAACUUCAAAGAUUACAACCCUCACAUGGAUCAAAGUGACUACAGGUGGAGCUCUCGAGGGUCAGACUCUUCCAGCCACUCCAGUUUCCUUGAGAGUGAGCAGCUCUGUGCGUCAGAGAUGCACACCUGCCGGACGUCAUUAGGCGGUGGCGAGAAAAUGGUGUCUGACCUGCAAGGCCAUCAGACGGCAUUCAGCCGGGAUCAGGAGCGAAUCGAGAGCGAGCCCGACCCCGACCGAGACAUCGAGCUGGAACUGUGUGCUCUGGACAUGGAGGAUUCAGACCACCAGGAGAUCAAGUCUCAGGAGUCUUUAGAUCUGGCUGCCUCACAGUCUCAGGAUUCCUCCCACCUCCUGUCCCCCGCCUGCUCGUCUCCCCUCUUGUCUCCGCCCGUAGAGGAGCACUCUCACAGUGAGGGUCUAUCCGCAGAGAAAAUGGAUGCUCACCUGUUAAAAAAAAUGGCCUUCAGGAAGUCUUUGUCUCCAGGAGGGUUGGUCUCAGGCGGUCUGGGUAUUGGGAAGUUGGUGCUGCGGACCGGACCGCCUCGGCUUGGUGAAGCUUCCACACUGGCCCGUCCCGAGACACCGGGGACAGAGAUGCUGCUAAACGGAAGCUAAAAGGGCCAUAAACACUGAGCUGCGUCUGCCCGCAACCACGUUUAGGUUGGAAGGGAAUACCAUUUAAUACCGACUUUCAUAUGCGUCAGUCACACGCCUCAAUGGAACCUGACAGAUGUUGGCCCAACAUCUGUGCCGCACCGUGCUGAAAGGGGCGAGAGGAAGCCCUGACUGGUGCACAACUCUGCAGAGAAUUUUAAUGACGGCUUUCUAUGUCUACAGAGGCACCUGGGCAGUGUUUCAUCACUGCAGACGCCUGCGUUUGCUUUUUCAACCCUGGUCACAUUAAGUGACAGCACUGGAGUUUCCCAUCUGAUAGGUAAUGUCAAAGUAUUUGAUGGGCAUCUUUUUAAGUUUUUCUACAUGGGCGCGCACCAAAAAAACUUUUAGGUGAAGCAAAAUUAGUGAACUUUCUUCAGACAUAUAUACAUUUUUUUGUUUACUUGACUUGUGUGAUUCUGCCAGACAACAUUUCAUUACCCUUCUAUCGCCUCGGUAACAGCAGGAACAGAUCCUUGGAUCAGAUACUGAAUAUAUGAAUUCAGGAACCUGGGAAGCCAAACCCAUGUGAGCUGCGACAGUCACUUGUCCACCUUUUAUAAUUAUGCUACUUAUUCAAUGUUUACACCGUAAUCUGCUGUGUGUAAUUGCGUUUUAGCGUGUGCCUUGAAAAUUGUGUUUCUGUAAAGGUAGGCACUGCUUUACAGUCAAGCCCCACGCAGCAAUUUCAAACGUUUAUUAAUCAAACCAGUGAAUUUUUUCUCCCAAACGUUGCCCCACAUUAUUAAUAGAAACUGCACAGAAAGAGGUUAGUGAAUUUGUUUCUUUGUGGAUUAUUUAUUCGUUGUGACAAAGCCUUGCGGGAAUAGAUCUCAUGUCUUUAGAAAUUAAUCAGGAUUUGAGGAUGUAUCAGAUUUAUUGCCAAUAAGUUUUGUUCCAACUAUUAAGUCAUCCAACCAAUGUUUUAUGUGCAGUUUGUAGGGGUUUCUCUCGCAGCCUUCUUGUCUCUGAAUAUUUGAGUUUGCUGGACACCUGAUCUGAGCAGCCUUAACUUAAUCGAGCUCAAAACGCUGUAAAAACUGUAGAACCUAGAUCGAAAGUCAAUUAAUAUGUGUUGCUUUUAAUUUGAAAACCCAAACAGCAUAUGGACAGGGGCGUUCUGUCCCUGAGAGAGAAACAACUGCGGAGGACUGAGGACUUUAAUGUGCUGAGAGUGAAACAAGUCUUUGUUUAUUGUGAGUCAGAUGAUCUUUUACAUGCCGACUUCCAAAUUCCAACAACUGUCACAGGAUCACACAACACAGAGAUUCAGUCAUAAACUCACAGAUUCAUUCAUCAAUGAAAGUGGGGUUUUUCUCUCACACUCAUGCCUUGGGGUGUGUUUUAGUCAUUCUUUACUAUCUUUAUAUUUUCUUCACUCUUUGCAUACAUGCACAAAAUAAAUGGCUUUUUUUAAAACUACAUCUCCAUCUGGAGGUGGAACAAAGUAACUCACCAUAAAUCCCAAAAGCAUUUUCGUAAUUUUUGCAAUUAUAUGACAACUUUGUGUGGUCCUGACAUCGCUUCACUCUGAUAGGUUGUUAGAAAUGACAGAGUACAGCAUGCACACUUUAUCAUUUACACAGGAUGCGCACCAAUCAUAACACAGUGGCCUUUCUCUCUUUGGUGUUGCAGAAACAAGACAGAAGUCCUUGUCUUUGUGUCCAUGCUGAGAGGCGGACUUCUGUCUCAUUUCAGAGGUGUUAGAGUAAUUAUUAUUGAGAUCUCAAAGAAUGGACAGUGGAUAUCACUUUUUUUAUAAGCCCAAUAGUGUGUGUUCACUCACACUCACAGUGUAAUGUAAACUGUUUAAAGGUGGAAGUCAACAGGAGUUUGCGAUGCUACAUUUUGUGUUUCCUCAUGCUUAAUCUUGAACUUAAAAAGAAGUUUUAAUUUGUUUUCUGAGGUUUGCUAACUUCCGUGAAGUUCUUUGUUAAGGUGUUUUGUACUUUGUUAUGCUUGUCUUGCUUUUUGUUUUGUUUGAAAUGAAGCCUCAUGUCUUCACUGGCCGUCAGAUGUGCUGUCGUCAGGACUCUGGAUCGACCAAAGUCUACUUCUCCAGUAGCUUUAUUUAAGCCCGGGUGUUCCUCUCCACCUUUUAUAGAUACGAGGCCGCUCAUCUUGUGCCACUUUAAUGAAAAAGAGCAUGACAUCUGGAGCCCACCCUGAGGUCAAAUGUCACAGGGAACUGCAAGUUUGUUUACAUUUAAUUUAAAUCAUAUUAUUGUAGAUUGAGUUGUGAAUGGAGUCAAUUCAUCCAGAUUAUUUUUAAGACUUCUUAUGUUACUUACAUCUUCAAAAAAAGUAACAAAAACAAACAAAAAAAAAGCCCAACAAAGAGAUAAGCAGUUUUCUAUCUUAUAACCCAUUUUUCCAGGAUGGGUGGAUAGUUCAAUGAAGCAUCAUGAUAUUUUUUAUCUGGAAUGAAAAAUCUAAUGGUGGCCUGUAGGCGAGUUACGGGGGUUUCUCUCUUAUCUUUAAAUUUGCUGCUUCGGAAGCAGGAAGGAGAACGAAAAAAACUAUAGUAAGCAGUUCAUUUUUUAACUCCGUGAUAUAGUUCUUUUUUUUUUUUUUUUUCCUUUUCCAAAUAUGUUGCAACAUUCAUUCACUUCUGCCUGCAAAGGGCGAGGGCUAGUUCGGGCAUUUAGCUACUCCCUGUUAGAGAAUCAGCUCAGCUACCCACUAUCAUUCUGCUUCUGUUUACAACUUCACCUCUGAAGCCGUGUGAGUCGUAACGUUAAGUGCCAUGUCAUGUAUAGUACAAUCAAUCCCCAAAAAGAGAAGAGAUUCUUCUCUUGUAGUUCUACUUUGAUCCACUGGAGGAGGCCAGAUCUUUGUCUGUCUGAAUUGCUCAGGGAAGCUUUUAUUUGCUUAGUUACUUUUUUUUUUUAAAUAUAUUAAUCACUUCAAAUAUUCUGUGAAAAUAUUUGCUGAAGGUUCACUUACUGAAGAUAGAUCCUAUUUCCCACAGUAUAAAUGAGAUGGAGUGUGUUCCUUGCCCAUGUUUACUUUGCCAGUGUUUUCUUUUGCCUCUCAGUAUCAGUAUUGGCUUUUGCUUUUUGUCUUCUCAUGAGGAAGGGCUGGGCACUACUCUAUGUGAACAAAACAGUAUUGUGAGUAUUGAUCUAAUGUCAAAGUGAUACUCCCUGUUUUUUUUGGCUCCAGAGCACUGCUGUAGUGGCUAUUUGCACUGCACUGAUUCCCGCCCCCAUCACUGCCAAGGGGGCGCCACGGAGCACCUCCUUCCCACUUUUGCCUUUUCUUCACCCUCCCACCACCGCCACCUUUGUACUUCCUGCAUCCUACGUCGUGCAUGCAAUAUCGUCCCUCUUGUGAUGGCAGAGGAGUAAAGAUGAUUCUGUAGUUGUGAUACAACACACCCAGCGCUGUAAGAGUUCUGCACAUGCCCACUGUGUGGCCACGUCAAGUGCUGAAGUUUGCUUGCAGCAUUUUUUUUUUUUUUUUUGAUUGCUUGCUAAUGAAAAUUCAAUUCUUGUUUAAUGGAGACUUUAUUAUUAUGACUUUUGUUGUUUUUAACCACAUUUGGUUGUUGUUGUGAUACUUUUCCUUCUUGGUAUAUUCUAAGUCUGCUUUCUCGUUUUGAAUUUGAGAGUUUGCUGAAAAUGUGGACAUUUUUUAAUAGACAAGAAAGUGUAUUCUGUAUUGUAUGGGG